AUGGACAGAGAUGUGAUAUGCUACUGGAACCUGAUUGAUUUGAUCAAGGAUCAUGGAUACUCAUCAGUUGACUAUCUAUACUACAAGCGAAAAGAUAGCUUGGUUGUACUAGAACAAGAUCCUGAAGUGAUGAAAAUGCUUAACGAGUGUGAGAGCAAAAAGAUGGUCAGCUUGUUUGUGACAAAGGACAGACUGACCACUUUAGCGCCUACCAAGUCCAACAAAGAACCAUCCAAAUCUAAACAAAAAAAAACUAAAGGAAGAGGAGGUACAAAGAAAAAGAAAGCAUUAAAUUUAAUGCAUACUGAAGCACUAUAUGCUAACGAGGUUGAGCAGCGCGAUGAUGAGAACCAGAACACAUCAGCUGAUGGCGACAAAGAACCUAAAAAGCGAAAGGGGACUGUUUUAACACAUGUUUGGGAUCUACUUGACGGAGAUAGGAUAGUAGUAAGAUGUAAUAAGCUUGGACAGCCCAUUGGAAAAGAAGGUGGCCUUUUAGGUCAAUUUUUGGGCACCAUAGCAAGAAAUGGUGGUUACUGUCCGGUUGGUGCCAAAGAUUGGAGAAAAGUUAAGAAAGACUAUGGAGAAACCAUCAUUCAAUUUGUACAGACAAAGUUCUUGUAUCCUCAUUCAUGUGAGAAAUGGAUAUUCAAAUCAAUUGGAAGAGAUUGGAGAAAAUACAAGGCAACAUUAAAAAAGACACUAUUUAAUCCAAAGAAGAAAAGGUCUGUUUUGAACAAGCGUUGUCCAGAUGAUAUUGUUGAAGCUGAAUGGAAGGCCCUAGUAGGAUACUGGAAGUCCGAAGAAGGAAAAACCCUUAGUGAAAAGAACAAAAUAAGUCAUGAAAUGAGGAAGACAACUCAUACAGCAGGUACAAAGAGUUAUGCUCGUUGGUCUAAGGACAUGGUUCAAUUGGAAAAUCUCCUAGACACACAACCAGAGUUAGCACAAAAUAGUGAGGGCGGAGUUGCAUGGGAAGGUGAUGCAUUACAUCAGGUGUUGGGAGAAGAAAAAGCUGGACAAGUGCACGGCAUGGGAUUGUUUCCGGUUCCUAAACAAGUUUAUGGUCAAAAAACACACCAUUUUAAGGACAUUAAUAUAGUUUCACUAGAUGGCUCAUCAUCUGAUGUAGAGGUUCACAUGUUGGAGGAAAUAAGGCAACUCAAAGAGCAUUCUAGAAUGCAAGACAAAGUUAUCGAAGAACUAAAAAACAAUCAGAGGCACGAUGAGAACCAAGAAGCAACAAUGGGAAAUUGUGCUAGGAGUGAUCACAACAAUUCUCAGAAUCAAGUACUGAAUUCUAAAAGGAAGAGAGUCCAGUGUGGUGCACCCAACCAGAAUGAGGGAUUCCUCAAACAUAGGGAUGAAUUGAAUAAAGAAACAUGUGAGUUUGAAUUUAGUGAUGAUGACAAUGUACUUUUAUCUGGAGAAAAGUGCCAAAGUGAUAAUAAUGACAAGGAAGUAGAAGAAGCAGAAGCACAGGCAAUAUUUGAACGACACCUCCAUAAUGAUUUUGCACCAACAGAGUUUGAUUUUUGUCAAAGGAGUUCCGCCACAAGUAGAAUAAUACCAAAGAAACAAAAGGGACAUCACGGAGGGCUUGUAGAUACUAGAACCAUUGCACACCAGGAGGUGGCUCAUGACAAGGCUACAAGCUACAGGCGCCAAACACCUAAACGACUUUCUCUAAUGAAGGUUGGGUCCACAGUGCUACUAAUGACUUCGAAAUAUCCUAAUAAGGCUAAUGUGGCAUAUGCAACUCUCUUGAGCACUAAUCCAGAAGCCCUUGUUGGUGGAGUUAAGAUAGGAAGUCAAUUCUACAAAGUGCGUAUCAAUCAUCCUAUAACAAAAGAUGAGCCAUUAGUGAGGCCUAUGCUUGGGUGUGACGAUAUUGGUGAUGCUCAUGCCAAAGGAGUCCAAAUUGCUUGGCCUUCGACGUUUGUUCAAAUGAUUAAUGGUUGA